AUGGGGUCUCCCCCCUUGAGCAGAGGUGUAACUAGGGUAGACUUCCAGAUGGAAGGUGUUAGGUCCAUCUCAGCCGGUGUUGGAGAUGAUGUCACACUGCCAUGUAACACUUCAGAUGUUGUGAACUUUGAAGACGUUGCUGUAGAGUGGACCAGACCAGACCUGGGUCCAGAUCACUGCGUCUUCUUCUACAGAGAUGAUAUGCCUUAUCCAGAUAUCCAGCACUCAUCCUAUGAGGACCGGGUGGAUCUGGUCCACAGUCAGCUGACGGGUGGAGACCUGUCAGUGGUUCUGAAGAACGUGACGACAAACGACUCUGGAACGUUUGAGUGUCGUCUGAGCCAGGCGUCUGACAACCCAACAAAGGGACCCAUCAGCACCAUCAUCAUCCUGAAGGUCUCAGAUCCAGGUUCCUCUGGAAACAGGAAGGAGACAGGAGACGAGGGAGGACAUGAGGACAGUGGUAACCUCGGACUCACCACUGGUCUGCCGGUCACUGUGGUCAUCGGGGUCACUGUGGUCAUUGGGGUCAUGGGGGUCAUCGGGGUGGUUCUUCUGGUGUACAGCAGAAGACGAGACAUGAGACGACCAGUCAGCGGUCACAGUUGUCCUGUUGAAAGCAGUGGAGACCAGGAGGACUGA